CAGUGGUCCAGGAAAUCCCUAUCCGGCUUCGGUCUACACACGUGCGUCUUCCCGAAAGUUGGACAAGAGUCCUGUAGUCCUGUGCUGCUGUACUUUCCCGUCGCGUCUCUGACAUGGAGGAAGUGCUGUCCUUCUGGGAUGUGGCCAUUGAUUUCUCUCCAGAAGAGUGGGAAUGCCUGGAGCCUGCUCAGUGGAAUUUGUACAGGGACGUGAUGUUGGAGAACUACAGCAACCUUGUGUUCCUGGGUCUUGCUGUGUCUAAGCCACAGCUGGUGACAUUUCUGGAGCAAAGACAAGGGGCUAUUGGUGUGAAGAGACAAGCAGCAAGCCCCGUGCCCCCAGGAACAAUGAGAAACGAGUUUAACGCUCACAGCAAGAUCAUUGAUCAUAGCUCAGUAGGUAUUCAAGGCCAGAGGAUUCGUAAAGGGGAGAAACCCUACAAGUGUGAAGAAUGUGGAAAGGCCCUCAGUUCUCGUAAAACACUUUCUAUACACCAGAGACGUCAUACUGGAGAAAAACCCUACAAGUGUAAAGAAUGUCAUAAGGCCUUUAGUGCUCGCUCAUCACUCUUUAUACACCAGAAAAAUCAUACGGAUGAAAAAACCUAUGAGUGUGAAGACUGUGGCAGAUCAUUUUACUAUCCUUCAAUGCUGAAGCAACAUCAAAGAAUUCAUUCUGGAGAAAAACCCUACAAGUGUGAAAAAUGUGGCAAAGCUUUUUAUGACCCUUCAUUCCUCAAGCAGCAUCAAAAAGUUCAUUGUAGAGAGAAACCACACAAGUGUGAAGAAUGUGGCAAACCAUUUCCCUCUGCUUUACUCCUUAACCAACAUAAAGAAACUCAUUCUGGACAGAAAAAGUACAAGUGUAAAGAAUGUGGCAAAUCCUUUUACUAUCGUUCAAUGCUGAAGCAGCAUCAAAGAAUUCAAUCUGGAGAGAAUCCUUACAAGUGUGAAAAAUGUGGCAAAAGAUUUUUCUGUUCUCCAUACCUUCAGAAACAUCAAACAAUCUACACUGGAGAGAAACAAGAUGAGUGUGAAGAUUGUCACAAAACCUGUUGUCAUUAUGCAGCUUUUAAGAGACACAAGAUAGCUCAUACUGGAGAAAAACCCUACAAGUGUGAAAACUGUGGCAAAGGUUUUUCCUCCUCUUCAUCCCUUCGAAGGCAUCAAAAAAAAUUUCACUGAAGAAAAUUUCUAUAUAGGUGGGUGUCAGGGAGCCAUGACUCAGCGGCCUGCUUUGAUAUUUAAAUCUCGGCGGAGAGAUGGCUUUUAGGAGGCCUUUACUAAUGGCAGAGGAGAACUUGUACACAAUUACAUUAGUCCAUUACACAAGUCCAUCUCCUUUUGUUUGUGACAACAGGUGGGAUAGCUUGUGAGGGUUACACUUCUUCCUCUGGCUCCUUGUGCAAAUUAACCUAUUGUUCUGAGGCUAAAAGUAACUCCUCAAAAAAUAAAGUGGUCAGAAGGCUGGAGGCAGAGGAGGAGGCAGAGUCUUGAGACUUGCUGCUUGCUGCAACAGUCUGCCUUUUGCGAAGGCUGUUGAGUCUGGACCUUUAAAAAGUUUCCUGUGUGCUGUGUGUUUAUUUUAUUAAUUUUAAUCCUCACACCCAACUCAAGAACCGUUCGACUCUGUCCGGCUGGCUCCGGCAGGUGGGGAAUGAGGAAAGGCCUUUGUUACUUUUUAUGAUUUUCCUGAAUACCAGUAGUCCAUACUGGGGAGAAAUCCGACAACAGUCUUGAAAUGUUACACUUCCUCAGCCCUCAGAAGAUAUCAAAUGAGUCAUUCGGAAUGCAAACUCCGUGAGUGUGUGCAGUGUGGCAAAAUCUUUGCUAGCAAUUUAGUUCUCAAUUAACUCAAAUGAAUCCAUACUACAGACUGUUAAGUUAAUUAUUUUGGAAUGGCAACACAAACAUCAAAUUUCUAUCAGCACAAAUCCUAAGAAUGUUAUCAGAGAACAUUAGCGAAUUCUCUUUAUUGUAACCUCCCCACCAGUAUGUUCAAACAGUGUGUUAAAAAUCUGGCAUUAAUUGAUGAGUUUCUUUUUUCUGUAACUAUAAAUGUUCAAGAAAC